AUGAGCACGCCGGAAACGAUCGGCCAUCCCAGUUGCAUCACUGCGCCAUUCAACGGCCGAGUUCUGGUUACACCAUGGGCCAUUGUACGACGGUCGUCUGCAGCGACGGUGAGGCCAAGCACAGGUGCAUUACUUUUCGGCUGGACUCCAGAGGACAAGAGCUGCAAUGGCAACGACGAACAAGUGCUUCCCACCUUCGUAGCGUGUUCGCAAGCCAUCAUUGCUGCAGCCGAACGAAUGGCGACUCUCGUGCAAGAGCGCAAAAGUCUGGCCGUGGCUGUCGCAUACGACGAGUGUCUGGACAUUGUCACUGCGGCGGUGAAUCACAUGGAAGCGGCUGGGUCACAAGCGACUGCUGCAAGCGAAUACAUUCGUGAAAUUGAUCAGGCUACGCGCAGUAUCCGCGAUGUGCUGAUACCGAGUCCAUACGUCCGUCGAGCUCUGCAGUUCUGA